ACGUUAAUGCUAGGAGCAGUGCUAUGGUGUGAGUCGAUGUCAUCGGAAUUUGCUUUUGUUGUUGUGAUAUUUUUCAUCUGACUAUUUUACAAAACGGUGAAAAGUUACCCAUCGAAAACUGCCCUUCAACGGAAAUAAUUCGUGAAAAUUGUAGUCGAGUUCGAUAAGCAAAACAAUAAUGGCUUGGAUAACCGAUGGUUCGGACGGAUUUGCAAUAAAUGGAGACGUUGUCACCUAUGUCGAUAACGAAGGAGUGGACAAUGUUUUCAACGCUAUGUGGCAAGAUGGUGAUGGUGUAUCAUCAGGAGAACAUUACUGGAAAAUCCACUUUCCGACAUUAGAAAGUGGAGCCGGUGUUGGACUUACGUCGAAAGAUUACUUCAAACAGGGAUACGCUUGCCAGGCGAUCAAUUAUCUGGGAAAUUUGAGCAACUGCAGUGGUCUUCUAGUUGGUAGCUUUGGUCCGAAACCUAAACAAGGCGAUACGAUUGGAAUUCUUGCAGUUUUCGAAGGGGACAGACUAAAGGUGUACGUUGAUGUAAAUGAUGCACGUCUUGGUCUAGCCUUCAAUGUGCCUGCGUCGACUUUCAAAUCGAUCUUCCCGGUGGUUUCGUUCCACAGUUCGGGGUCAGCCACUUGUACCAAGCAGACGGAAAUACCGAAAGUUACCAGUAGAGCAUCAGCUACAUUUACUGGAAUCGAAGGAGAUUGGAAAUUAACGAAUUUGGAGGAGAAAAAUGUCGUGCUGGAUCUUCCUCGCACAACCACUGCUAAAAUUACGAUGAUAGAGGCAGAUAAGUAUUCGUUGCAUGCGAAAGUGGUCAAUCUUCUUCGAACAACUUUAACGAAAACAGACGGAGCCUGGAAAGCGUGUCAUAUCACGUCGACUAAGAAGGGCGGUGAUCCCGAGUCCAUGGAAGAAGAAACUGCAGUCAAACGUUUAAUUACAGAAGUGCAAACGGUUGAAGUGGAUAGUAGCGGAAAUCUCGUUGUUAAAACUGAGACAAUGUCAUCGAUCUGGAUACGGUAUGACGCCACGCCUGGACCAUUUAUUGGUGAACCAUUCGAAUGAAAGGUUUUAACGAAUUAAUUCGGAAAAAUUAUGUCACAAAAGAUUUAUUAAACUUAUUGGCUAUGCAGAAGAGUA